UGUAAACACGGAAGUUACGUUACUUCCCUCCUCCGUUUCAUGCGCUUUGGCCGGCUAGCAAACACAAGAAUUUCCUACAAAGUAUUUUGACACUCACCAAUAACUAGCUGAGUCUUAAAUGUCCAACAGCGUGUCUAUUCUGACAUACAAAGACAAUAUAAGAGUGUUUUUGCUUUCGUAAAAUGUACGGCAGCUAGUGUUAGCGAAAUAGAUUAGCACGUUACCUUAGCUUUGUGUAAAAGGAAUGGCUGACAAAGUAGUGAAAACGUUUAAGUUUGUGAUCGUGGGAGGUGGUAUCGCGGGUGUGACAUGUGUUGAGCAGCUGUCAUCCCAGAUUCCGUCAGCUAACGUGGCUCUGAUUACAGCAAGUCCCCAUAUCAAGGCAGUGACCAACUAUAAACAGGUGUCAAUGACGUUGGAAGAGUUUGAUGUAGAGGAGCGACCAUCCAGUGUUUUGGAGGGGAAAUUUCCCAACCUGACUGUCAUUCACUCUGCUGUGAAAACACUUCACACACAGUCACAUUCAGUGGAAACUGCAGAUGGCCGGGUUAUUGGUUAUGAGAAGCUGUGUAUCUGCAGUGGGGGCAGACCUAAGCUCCUAACCCAGGGAAACCCUCAUGUGCUGGGGAUACGGGACACAGACAGUGCCCAGGAGUUUCAAAAGUGCUUAUCCACAGCAAAGAGAAUCGUUGUUGUUGGAAAUGGUGGAAUUGCGUUGGAAUUGGUGUAUGAGGUGGAAGGCUGUGAAGUGAUCUGGGUCAUAAAGGACAAGGCCAUAGGAAAUACGUUUUUUGAUGCAGGAGCGGCCCAGUUCCUCAUCCCAUCACUGGAGGCUGACAAACCAGAGACAGCUGCUCCCCGUAAGAGGCCUCGCUACACCACGGAGGAACCAGCAGCUGACGCAUCACAGACCUUCAUUGCAGACAGAAAUUUGCGAAGUCCAAGUUCUGGUCCUAUAGAGCCUGGUAGUGCCCUCGGUCCAGACUGGCAUGAAGAAAUAGUUCUCCGAGGAGUAGAACAGGUGUCCCGCAGAGUUUCAGUGGAAUACCAGUGUAACUUGGAAAAGAUCUUGAGCUCUGAGGAACUGCUCAAUUCCCAACAGCAAACACUCAGACCUGAGUAUGGAUCCUGGCCCGUUUACAUUCAGCUGACCAAUGGCAAGACAUUUGGCUGUGAUUUUAUUGUCAGUGCCACUGGGGUCGUGCCAAACACUGAGCCAUUUCUCCAUGGCAACAAUUUUGCACUUGCAGAUGAUGGCGGCCUGCAGGUAGAUGACCACAUGAUGACAUCAGAGCCAGACAUCUAUGCUGCAGGAGAUGUGUGCACUGCGUGCUGGGAACACAGCCCACUGUGGCAGCAGAUGCGUUUGUGGACCCAGGCCCGUCAGAUGGGCUGGUAUGCAGGUCGCUGCAUGGCGGCACACGUCCUGUCAGAACCAAUAGAGCUGGACUUCUGCUUCGAGCUCUUCUCACAUAUUACCAAAUUCUUCAACUACAAGGUGGUCCUGUUGGGAAAAUUUAAUGGGCAGGGGCUGGGGCUCGAACAUGAGCUGCUGGUGCGCUGCACGAAGGGCCAGGAAUACGUCAAGGUCAUUCUCAGCAGAGGUAGGAUGGUGGGAGCGGUGCUGAUCGGGGAAACAGACCUGGAGGAGACUUUUGAGAACCUAAUCCUCAACCAGAUGGACCUGACCCUGUACGGAGAGGACCUGCUCAACCCCAACAUUGAUAUAGAGGACUACUUUGAUUGAUCACCAGGGCUGUGAUUGAGUCUGUACAGAAUGUUGAGCACUGCCAAGUCAAAGUCAUGCAAGGUAGAGGGCUAUGAUGAAGAAAUUGGUCUGAAGAAUGUCUAAAGGCAUGGGGAGGAUUUCUUCAUUCUAUGAUAUUCAAGCUAAUGGGUGUGUUAGAUAUCUUUUUUGGCAAUGAGAAGAUAAAGUAGAGAUUAUCUUGGUUCUCACUAAUUCACCUAUGAAUUUAAGAAUAUAUUUUGCUUUAAAUUAAAUUAUUUUCAAAACCAAGUAUACUAAAGUAGUACUUGAGUGAUGUUUAGAAAAGUCUUUUUCAUUUAGUCGUAGCAUGAAUGCGGAUCUAUCACUUCAUAAAUUUAAAUGUGAAGCAGUUACAGAUAUGAGACGCUGAGUUGUGGGUGAA